AUGCGAGUUAUCGUCCUCACGGCGAUAGCAGCCAUCUGUCUCCCGUGGGGUAUUCUCGUUGCCCGCUCAUACCUCGCUGUCUCCCGUCUUCACUCCCUCUCCUCGCGUAAACUUGCCGAGCAGACGGACCGCGUUUUAGGCACAUUCGCUAGUUGGCGCUUGAUUUCGUCGCAUAUCUUCGCUGCAUUGCCAAGUUUGCCCUCGGAUUGGCUGUUCUCUCGUGAUUCCAGCUCCUUUCAUCCACUCCAUCUUCGUCGCCACGUCAGCAAUGACUUUUUCGCGCCUCGCAUACCUCCUUUACUACGGUCAAGCAUUCCACCUGGGAACUCUUCUGCAAAUUCAAGCGGCCAAUCAGAUGUUCCCAGGUCAGAGGCUGAGGAGCGACGCGUGAAUGCAAGCGCGCCGAGCGGGCUGUGCAUAGCAAUCACAUCCGCGCCGCGAUACGACCCGCAAAACCUGGAACCCACGUGGCAACGAGUCGUGCGGCUGCUGCAGGCUUUAGACUCGAAGCGCGUGAGCGCUUGGAAAGGGAAAGGCGAGGGGAGAGGUAACGUUGGCCUAAAUGCGAAUACAGACAUGGAGCAGGCAGAGAGAUUGGAAGGAGAAGAGGAGGGGGAAGGGGACAGAGAGGGUGAUGUGACUGCUGAGGAUGUGCCUAAAACGGGAGAGGAGGUGGAGAAAGCGAUCAGAGAGCUUCAAAAGCGGAAAGGUUUGGUGCUGGGGCAGGACAUGCGCAUCGUGCUGUACAGCUCAGCAUGCCACGUGGUUGACCCUGUGGACUUGCUGACUCAGCAGGGUGUUGUCUUUGGUGAGGAGCGGUGGAGGGAAGCGAAGCCACAGCAGCAAGAGGGGAGAGGGGGAGGGAGGAAGAGGAAGGGUAGGCGAGGAACAAGGAACAGGAACGGACAAGAGGCAGCAGCAAGUGGCAGGGGAAGGGGAGGAGGAGGGAGAGAGAUGAGCAGACGGGAGAUGAUGGAUGAGACAGUGAGGCGGUAUGCUGCAGGCGCUGGUGUGAGUGAGGCGUAUGUCCGCCCCCUCAUUCAGGUGCUUGCUCAGGCUGCCUUUGACAGCAGCACCACUGUUGACAGCCACACCCAAGCCAUUCGGGAUGUGGCGGCCAAUCUGUCCAUCCACGUGGAUGUCCUGCGAGCUCAUGCUGACGUGUGUAGCUUUUUCGGGGAUGCUGGUAGGCUGCUGGCUGCUGUUCCGCAACGGAUCAUCGAGAGAAAGGGAUGGGCGAGAUGGACAUGGGAGACAAAGUUAGCUGUAGAUUUGAUUCAUGUCAUGCAUCAGUGCCUGCUCUCAAACCCAAGGUUCGUCCUCCUUCUCGAAGACGAUGCAAUGCCAGCAUGGCUGUGGGACGCUGGCAUUGAGAGGUUUCUCACAGUUGAUCUUCGAGAGAAGCCUCGAUGGGAUUUGGUGGCACUUUAUUACCCGACGACGUAUCACUGGGGUGCCAAGCACGGUGACGUGUAUGAUUUUCCCUGCUGCACUCAAGCAGACCUUUUUAGGGUUGAUGUUGCCAAGGAGGUGGUCCGCUAUAUGGAGUCACGAUUCAUGCACAAUCCAGGAGAUAUGCUAAUAGGAGAGAGUGUGAACAAGAGGAGGUUUGUUGGGUAUGCACAUGUGCCCUCCUUGUUCCAGCAUACAGGGACCCGUCGCGUGGUUUCGCUCCUCGCGAUAUUUCUUAUCGCCGCGUCCCUCGCGCCAGGUCUUGCUGCGGAAUCCGAUGGCGCCGCCACGGACGCGCCUCCGCGGUUCGCGCGCGCGCGGCUGAGGCGGACGGGGGAGCUCACACUAGACCGCAUCGCGGCGCAGCGCGAGUGGCUAUCGUCCGCGGCGUUCAAGCAGCGCCUGCUCUCCGCCAGCGGGCUCCGCGCGGACGGCGCAGAAGUCGGCGCAAGCGGCGGCGAGCGCGGGCCGGACGUGGUGCCGCUGAAUAACUUCAUGGACGCGCAGUACUACAUGGAGAUCGGCAUUGGGUCGCCGCUGCAGACGUUCAAAGUAGUGCCCGACACCGGCAGCAGCAACCUCUGGGUGCCCUCGCGCCGCUGCUACCUCUCCCUGGCGUGUCUGAACCACGCCAAGUACGAUUCGCGCAAGUCGCGCUCGUACGAGGCGGACGGCACGCCCUUCGCCAUCCAGUACGGCAGCGGCGCCAUGAAGGGCUUCCAAUCCAAGGACGACGUGACUAUCGGCGACGUGACUAUAACGGGGCAGACCUUCGCGGAGGCCACGAGCGAGCCCGGCCUCGCGUUCUUCGCGGCGAAAUUCGACGGGAUCAUGGGGCUGGGCUUUAAGGAGAUCUCCGUGAACCAGAUAACCCCCCCCUGGUACAACAUGCUGGCGCAGGGGCUGGUGCCCGAGCCCGUGUUCUCCUUCUGGUUCAAUCGCGAUCCUGAGGGGGCGGCGGGCGGCGAGGUGGUGUUUGGCGGAGUGGACGAGGCGCAUUUCAAGGGGAGCCACUCGUGGGCGCCUGUUAGCAGGCGCGGGUACUGGCAGUUCAACAUGGGAGAUGUGCUCAUCAACGGCUCCACCACCAGCAUCUGCAAGCAUGGCUGUGCUGCCAUCGCUGACACUGGCACCUCCCUCAUUGCAGGCCCUUCGGCGGUGAUAGCGGAGAUCAAUGCGGCCAUCGGAGCCAAGGGCGUGCUGAGCGAGGCGUGCAAGCAGCUCGUGCACGACUAUGCUGUUAUCAUCAUUGACCUGCUGGAGCAAAAGAUGGAUCCGUCUCUCGUGUGCCAUGCCAUUGGCCUCUGUGACGACAUGGCGGCAACCACCGCUAACACCACGCCCACGCCCAGCAUGAGCCGUCGCCUGCUCGGGUGGGAGGAGGACCCAAUCAUCCAGAUGCCCGGGGACCACGCUGACGUGGCAGAUGCCAUCGGUGACGAAGCAAGCAGCGCUGGGAGCAGCGGCAUCAACGGCGGGCGAGUGGGCGAUCCCAAGUGCUCGCUGUGCGAGGCGUUGGUGAUCUGGGUGCAGAACCAGCUGGCGCGCAACAAGACCCGGUCCGAGAUCAUCAGCCAUCUCAACAGGAUGUGUGAGCACAUUCCGAGCCCAGGGGGGCAGGCGCAGGUGGACUGCGGCAAGGUGCACAGGAUGCCGGCUGUGGCAUUCACCAUCGGGGACAAUCAGUUUGCGCUACAGCCGGAGCAGUACGUGCUACAGGCGGGCCAGGCCGGCCAGCAGCUCUGCAUCAGCGGCUUCCUGCCCCUCGACGUGCCUGAACCGCUGGGUCCCAUCUGGAUUCUGGGAGACACGUUCCUGGGGGCGUAUCACUCAGUGUAUGAUUUUGGGAAUGAGCGCGUGGGCUUUGCUGAGUCAGCGUGA